CUUCUGACCUCAGAUGAUCUGCCCGCUUCAGCCUCCCAAAGUGCUGGGAUUAUAGGCAUGAGCCAACACACCCGACCCCACUUUAGUUUUUUAAUAGUGCUUGAGAAGAUGUUUCUGCUAAAUACUGUGCCUCUGGAUUAAACCUCAAAUACUUCGAAAUGUGAAAAGUUUGGUUUCAGUCACAGAUGUUUAGUUAAAUACUUUUUAGGGACAAGAAAACUACAAAGUGCCUUGAAAAACAAAACACGCUCAAUUUGUUAUUUGUUUAACAUAUGUAGAAAAUAAAAUUAAUACAUAUAUCUUUUCCAAAUUAACACAGUAUGAAACCAACCACUACUCAUUCAUCAAAAGACACAAUGUAGAUGAAGUUUAGGCUUGGUUAGGACCCGGACACUGAAUAAAUGGUAGCUCUGAGGUUGAAAAAGCUCCCCGAGUCACUCUGGUACACAUUCUGAUGGGCAAGUCAGCAUCCCCACCCCACCCCAGCCCUUCUUCCCCGCUGAAAAGAAGUCUCUAGCUCAGAGAAUUGACUUGUUAUAACCUUACAGAUGUAGUUGCCAAAUUGCCAUUGACAUCACAUUUUUCUUUUUGGCUUUCACUAGCUAAAUAGUAAUAUUAUAAAGGAACUCUCUGCUUUUUCUAGUUUGUCCUUUUUAAAUUCUUGGAGGCCCUUCGUACCAUGGAACGCAGGAUGGGCAAAUGUGCUUCUUAUAGUGUAUGUUAGAUUUAGCACCUUUUGGCAAAGGGUCUUGUUUCCUGUGCAGUUUAAAUUUAGAUCCACUGAGAAUCUGAGAAAUUCAGUAAUGAAAGGGUAACUUUGGAGUUUCCUCUUUUGGAAGCUUUCCUUAUUAAAUUCUAUUAAUGACUCUGUUAGACUUGAUUCCCAUCUUACACAAGAGAUUCCAGAAUAGCAACUUGAAUUGCUUCUCAGUCCCUCUUACAAAGUCACUCCUUCAUUCGGCAUUGAUUGAGUGCCUCCCGUGUACCAGCUGACAGGGCUUAUGUACAGAACCACUACCUUCUUUUUCAUUCUAUUAUUUUAAGAGUUUCUUGAUAGUCCAUCUACCUAAGAAGUGUUGCUAUUAAAUUUCAGCCUAUCUCAUAAAUAUUAUUCUGAGAUCCUCCUUGCUGGAUUUAUAAGUAUAAAUCAUUCUUGGUUAAAAUAUACAAUAUAAACAGUAAGUGGACCAGUCAUCUGAUUAUAUGUGCUCUGAGUCUACAGAAAGAAAAUAUCUUGGCAUGUUUCAGGAGACUUGUAAAGAUGAAUUGUAGGACUUCUCAUUUCUAAUUAAAACUAAUUAAAAUUUACUGUCUACAAGGGAGAUGGAUUGAACGUCACCUUUACCUUUCUCUUGACAACAAUGAACUCUGACUCAAAGCUGGCACUAAAUGUUUUAUUUCAGUGUCUGUGUCCUAUUCUGUGUUGUAAUAUUUUGGAUAAAAAAUGGAAAAAAAUAAACAAGAAAUUUUUAUUUCUGCUAAAAAGUCAACAGAGUCCAUUGUUAUCUUCCUUUGCUUCUCAGAUGGCAGAAAUUGGGUGUCAGGUCCUAGUAGACAGGGGUUCUCAACCCCUGGGCCAUGGACUAUUGUGGGUCUGUGGCCUAUUAGGAACUGGGUGGCACACCAGGAGGUGAGUGGCAGGUGAGCCAGCAUUAGCCAGCUCAGCCAGCCUAAGCUCCACCUCCUGUCAGAUCAGUGGCAGCAUUAGAUUCUUUCUCAUAGGAACAUGAACCAUAUUGUGAACUGCAUAUGUGAGGGAUCUAGGUUAUACCCUCCUUAUGAGAAUAUAAUGCCUCAUCCCCCUACCCAUAGCCUCAUGGAGCAGUGCCAAAAAGGUUGGGGACUACUGCUAUAAGAAGUCCCGACCAGAAGUGUCACAUCUUUCUAUAGCAUGGUGCUGCUUCUUGAACACCUGUAGUAGCCAAGGCCAGAAUUAGCGUGGCACCCUCUUCCCCAGACAAGGUCCAUGGACAGUGCAUUUCAAAAUAUAGGAAGCUCUCCUUACACUCUCUGCUACUAGCUUCCAUGGUUAUCAAGUAAUUAUACUUUAUGCUGAGCCAACUUAUGCAUUUAGGAAGAGAUGAAGAGAAAUUAUAUCCUCAAAUGGGCUGGAACAAAAGGGAAUACCAAUAAUUUGUAAGUUAAUCAAAUUAUAAUUAAAGCAGGAAGAGACACAGGGAGCUUUGAUUAUCUAUGUUUUCCGUUAGAAAAUAAUACAACAAAAGUAUCCAGGGAGUCUUAUCAGUUCUGUAGGUAUGUGGCAGAACAGUAAGGUUAUAAGUUGUCCUUUUAAUUCGCAGCUUCCUCUGGCCUCUGCUUCCCAUGGCCCUGCCUUCUGACUUGCUGUUUGCUCAGCUCCUUAGUGCAUGGGAAGAGCAGAAACAUCAGGUGAAGGGUGCUGAGAUCUGCUGUGCACCUGUGCCGCACAGCCCUUCCCAUAUAUACAUGUGUAGCUUUUGGGUUUGCCAGUUGAUGGAACUUAUCUGCACCAAAUAGCCUUCCACGGGGGUGGUGCCGAUUCACACUCCCACCCACAGCCGGCACAGCCUAAUCACAAGUGGAACAAUCAGAGCGGAAAGUAGCAGCCUCUGGUUUCCAAAUGUGAGAGAGCCUCAGGGCUCAGUCCUCAAACCUGGUCUGUUCUUUGUUGAUGUCUUCAAACCACCUCAAAGCUGACACCUUCUCCAGCCUGGGCCUUUUCUUUGAACCUCAGGUUUGCAUAUCCCACUGUCUCUUAACUGCCUCCAGUGGGAUGAACUCUUGAUAUUCUACCGCAACCUGCUCCUCCCACUGUCUUCCCAUCUCCUUCCAGUUGCUCAGGCCACAGUCGUUGGUGUUGUCCUUGAUGGCUUUUUUUCUCCUACGCAAUCCCUCUGGUCCACAGUGCCACCAUGUCUUGGCUGGAGUUCCUCAGUAACCUCCUGAGUAGUCUCUCUGCUUCUUCUCAGAAUAUCUCCUCCAUGCAACAGCCAGCACGAACUGGUGAAAAUGUAGUCCAGACCCUGUAGCUCCUCUGAUCAAAACCCUCCAGCGCCUCACAGCCCACUCAGAAUCUGAUGCACAAAGGAAAAUAAUGAUACAAAACCCAUUCAUUGUGUUGUUGCGGUAGAUCGAGUUACAUGAUGCACAGCACAAGACCUUCUUUGCGCUUCUUUCAAGCAGGAUUAUUGCUGUAUAUUCACUCUGAACUGAGAGCAUCCAGAGCUGCUGUUGGCGGAUUGUACCCACGGGGAGAUGAUUCCUCAUGAAGAGCCUGGAUCCCCUACAGAAAUCAAAUGUGACUUUCCGUUUAUCAGACUAAAAUCAGAGCCAGCCAGACAGUGAAACAGUCACCGUGGAGGGGGGACGGCGAAAAAUGAAAUCCAACCAAGAGCGGAGCAACGAAUGCCUGCCUCCCAAGAAGCGCGAGAUCCCCGCCACCAGCCGGUCCUCCGAGGAGAAGGCCCCUGCCCUGCCCAGCGACAACCACCGGGUGGAGGGCACAGCAUGGCUCCCGGGCAACCCUGGUGGCCGGGGCCACGGGGGCGGGAGGCAUGGGCCGGCAGGGACCUCGGUGGAGCUUGGUUUACAACAGGGAAUAGGUUUACACAAAGCACUGUCCACAGGGCUGGACUACUCCCCGCCCAGCGCUCCCAGGUCUGUCCCUGUGGCCACCACGCUGCCCGCCGCGUACGCCACGCCGCAGCCGGGGACCCCGGUGUCCCCCGUGCAGUACGCUCACCUGCCGCACACCUUCCAGUUCAUUGGGUCCUCCCAAUACAGUGGGACCUACGCCAGCUUCAUCCCGUCACAGCUGAUCCCCCCAGCCGCCAACCCCGUCACUAGUGCGGUGGCCUCGGCCGCCGGGGCCACCACUCCAUCCCAGCGCUCCCAGCUGGAGGCCUAUUCCACUCUGCUGGCCAACAUGGGCAGUCUGAGCCAGACGCCGGGACACAAGGCUGAGCAGCAGCAGCAGCAGCAGCAGCAGCAGCAGCAGCAGCAGCACCACCUCAGCAGGGCUCCAGGGCUUAUCACCCCGGGGUCCCCCCCACCCGCCCAGCAGAACCAGUACGUCCACAUUUCCAGUUCUCCGCAGAGCACCGGCCGCACCGCCUCUCCUCCGGCCAUCCCCGUCCACCUCCACCCCCAUCAGACGAUGAUCCCACACACGCUCACCCUGGGGCCCCCCUCCCAGGUCGUCAUGCAAUACGCCGACUCCGGCAGCCACUUUGUCCCUCGGGAGGCCACCAAGAAAGCUGAGAGCAGCCGGCUGCAGCAGGCCAUCCAGGCCAAGGAGGUCCUGAACGGUGAGAUGGAGAAGAGCCGGCGGUAUGGGGCGCCGUCCUCGGCCGACCUGGGCUUGGGCAAGGCAGGUGGCAAGUCGGUUCCUCACCCGUACGAGUCCAGGCACGUGGUGGUUCACCCGAGCCCCUCAGACUACAGCAGUCGUGAUCCUUCAGGGGUCCGGGCCUCUGUGAUGGUCCUGCCCAACAGCAACACGCCCGCGGCCGACCUGGAGGUGCAACAGGCCACUCAUCGCGAGGCCUCCCCCUCCACCCUCAACGACAAAAGCGGCCUGCAUUUAGGGAAGCCUGGCCACCGGUCCUAUGCGCUCUCACCCCACACGGUCAUUCAGACCACACACAGUGCUUCAGAGCCACUCCCGGUGGGACUGCCAGCCACGGCCUUCUACGCAGGGACUCAACCCCCUGUCAUCGGCUACCUGAGCGGCCAGCAGCAAGCAAUCACCUACGCCGGCAGCCUGCCCCAGCACCUGGUGAUACCCGGCACACAGCCCCUGCUCAUCCCGGUGGGCAGCACUGACAUGGAAGCGUCGGGGGCAGCCCCGGCCAUAGUCACGUCAUCCCCCCAGUUUGCUGCAGUGCCUCACACGUUCGUCACCACCGCCCUUCCCAAGAGCGAGAACUUCAACCCCGAGGCCCUGGUCACCCAGUCCGCCUACCCAGCCAUGGUGCAGGCCCAGAUCCACCUACCCGUGGUGCAGUCCGUGGCCUCCCCGGCGGCGGCUCCCCCUACUCUGCCUCCCUACUUCAUGAAAGGCUCCAUCAUCCAGUUGGCCAACGGGGAGCUAAAGAAGGUGGAAGACUUAAAAACAGAAGAUUUCAUCCAGAGCGCAGAGAUAAGCAACGACCUGAAGAUCGACUCUAGCACCGUGGAGAGGAUCGAAGACAGCCAUAGCCCGGGCGUGGCCGUGAUACAGUUCGCCGUCGGGGAGCACCGAGCCCAGGUCAGCGUUGAAGUUUUGGUAGAGUAUCCUUUUUUUGUGUUUGGACAGGGCUGGUCAUCCUGCUGUCCGGAGAGAACCAGCCAGCUCUUUGAUUUGCCGUGUUCCAAACUCUCAGUUGGGGAUGUGUGCAUCUCGCUUACCCUCAAGAACCUGAAGAACGGCUCUGUUAAAAAGGGCCAGCCCGUGGAUCCCGCCAGCGUCCUGCUGAAGCACUCAAAGGCCGACGGCCUGGCGGGCAGCAGACACAGGUAUGCCGAGCAGGAAAACGGAAUCAACCAGGGGAGUGCCCAGAUGCUCUCUGAGAAUGGCGAACUGAAGUUUCCAGAGAAAAUGGGAUUGCCUGCAGCGCCCUUCCUCACCAAAAUAGAACCCAGCAAGCCCGCGGCCACGAGGAAGAGGAGGUGGUCGGCGCCGGAGAGCCGCAAACUGGAGAAGUCAGAAGACGAACCACCUUUGACUCUUCCUAAGCCUUCUCUAAUUCCUCAGGAGGUUAAGAUUUGCAUUGAAGGCCGGUCUAAUGUAGGCAAGUAGAGGCAGCGUGGGGGAAAGGAAACGUGGCUCUCCCUUAUCGUUUGUAUCCAGAUUACUGUACUGUAGGCUAAAUAACACAGUAUUUACAUGUUAUCCUCUUAUUUUAGGUUUCUGUUCUAACCUUGUCAUUAGAGUUACAGCAGGUGUGUCGCAGGAGACUGGUGCAUAUGCUUUUUCCACGAGUGUCUGUCAGUGAGCGGGCGGGAGGAAGGGCACAGCAGGAGCGGUCAGGGCUCCACGCAUCCCCGGGGAAGAAAGGAACCGGGCUCCACAGCGCCUGCUUUCUGUAGCGGCCCAGAAGCAGCCAAGGGCGCUGACUCCCGCUAGUGUCAGGAGAAAAGUCCCGUGGGAAGGGUCCUGCAGGGGUGCAGGGGUGCACGCAAGUGGGGGUGCACAGGCGCUGUGGCGGCGAGUGAGGGUCUCUUUUUCUCUGCCUCCCUCUGCCUCACUCUCUUGCUAUCGGCAUGGGACGGGGUGUUCAGAGCAGUGUCCUCCUGGGGUUCCCAUGUGCAAAAUCAACAUCAGGAACCCAGCUUCAGGGCAUCGCGGAGGCGCGUCAGACGGCAGAUUUGGAAAGUUAACCAUUUAAAAGAACAUUUUUCUCUCCAACCUAUUUUACAAUAAAAGCAACUUUUAAUUGUAUAGAUAUAUAUUUCCCCCUAUGGGGCCUGACUGCACUGAUAUAUUUUUUUUUUUAAAGAGCAACUGCCACAUGCGGGAUUUCAUUUCUGCUUUUUACUAGUGCAGCGAUGUCACCGGGGUGUUGUGGUGGACAGGGAAGCCCCCUGCUGUCAUGGCCCCACAUGGGGUAAGGGGGGUUGGGGGUGGGGGCGGGGGAGAGAGCAAACACCCACGCUGGUUUCUGUGCAGUGUUAGGUAAACCAAUCAGGUUAUUGCAUUGACUUCACUCCCAAGAGGUAGAUGCAAACUGCCCUUCAGUGAGAGCCACAGAAGCUCUUCACGUUGAGUUUGCAAAAUCUUUUUGUCUUUGAACUCUAGUACUGUUUAUAGUUCAUGACUAUGGACAACUCGGGUGCCACUUUUUUUUUUUUUUCAGAUUCCAGUGUGACAUGAGGAAUUAGAUUUUGAAGAUGAGCAUAUAUUACUAUCUUUAAGCGUUUAAAAAUACUGUUCACACUUUAUUACCAAGCAUCUUGGUCUCUCAUUCAACAAGUACUGUAUCUCACUUUAAACUCUUUGGGGAAAAAAAAAACACAAAAAAACAAAAAAAACUAAGUUGCUUUCUUUUUUUCAACACUGUAACUACAUUUCAGCUCUGCAGAAUUGCUGAAGAGCAAGAUAUUGAAAGUUUCAAUGUGGUUUAAAGGGAUGAAUGUGAAUUAUGAACUAGUAUGUGACAAUAAAUGACCACCAAGUACUACCUGACGGGAGGCACUUUUCACUUUGAUGUCUGAGAAUCAGUUCAAGGCAUAUGCAGAGUUGGCAGAGAAACUGAGAGAAAAGGGAUGGAGAAGAGAAUACUCAUUUUUGUCCAGUGUUUUUCUUUUUAAGAUGAACUUUUAAAGAACCUUGCGAUUUGCACAUAUUGAGUUUAUAAUUUGUGUGAUAUUCCUGCAGUUUUUAUCCAAUAACAUUGUGGGAAAGGUUUGGGGGACUGAACGAGCAUAAAUAAAUGUAGCAAAAUUUCUUUCUAACCUGCCUAAACUCUAGGCCAUUUUAUAAGGUUAUGUUCCUUUGAAAAUUCAUUUUGGUCUUUUUACCACAUCUGUCACAAAAAGCCAGGUCUUAGCAGGCUCUUAGAAACUCUGAGAAUUUUCUUCAGAUUCAUUGAGAGAGUUUUCCAUAAAGACAUUUAUAUAUGUGAGCAAGAUUUUGUUUUAAACAAUUAUUUUAUUAUUGUUGUUAUUAAUGUUGUUUUCAGAAUGACUUUUUUUUUUUCUAUUCAAAAUCAAAUCAAGAUUUAAUGUUUGGUACAAACCCAGAAAGGGUAUUUCAUAGUUUUUAAACCUUUCAUUCCCAGAGAUCUGAAAUAUCAUUUGUGGGUUUUGAAUGCAUCUUUAAAGUGCUUUAAAAAAACAGUUUUAUAAGUAGGGAGAAAUUUUUAAAUAUUCUUACUUGGAUGGCUGCAACUAACCUAAACAAAUACCUGAUUUUUCUUUUACCCCAUUGAAAAUAGUACUUCCUUCAUUUCACAAAUUAAAAAAAAAAAAAAAUCUGGUAUCAACCCACAUUUUGGCUGUCUAGUAUUCAUUUACAUUUAAGGCUCACCAGGACUAAUGAUUUUUGUAAACCAUUUUCUGGGGUGUACCAAAAACAUUCGAAUAGGUUUAGAAUAGCUAGAAUAGUUCCUUGACUUUCCUCGAAUUUCAUUACCCUCUCAGCAUGCUUGCAGAGAGCUGGGUGGGUUCAUUCUUGCAGUCAUACUGCUUAUUUAGUGCUGUAUUUUUUAAACGUUUCUGUUCAGAGAACUUGCUUAAUCUUCCAUAUAUUCUGCUCAGGGCACUUGCAAUGAUUAGGUUUUGUUUUUCCUUUUUGUUUUUUAACCUUUGAUGGUAAGAGGAAUACGGGCUGCCACAUAGACUUUGUUCUCAUUAGUAUCACUAUUUACAACUCAUGUGGACUCAGAAAAACACACACCACCUUUUGGCUUACUUCGAGUAUUGAACUGACUGGAUCCACUAAACCAACACUAAGAUGGGAAAACACACGUGGUUUGGAGCAAUAGGAACAUCAUCAUAAUUUUUGUGGUUCUUUUUCAGGUAUAGGAAUUAUAAAAUAAUUGGUUCUUUCUAAACACUUGUCCCAUUUCAUUCUCUUGCUUUUUUAGCAUGUGCAAUACUUUCUGUGCCAAUAGAGUCUGACCAGUGUGCUAUAUAGUUAAAGCUCAUUCCCUUUUGGCUUUUUCCUUAUUUGGUUGGUCUUUCCCAUUCUGGCCAGAGCAGGGCUGGAGGGAAGGAGCCAGGAGGGAGAGAGCUUCCCACCUUUCCCCGGCUGCGGAUGCUGAGUGCUGGGGCGGGGAGCCUUCAGGAGCCCUGCGUCUGCCGCCACGUUGCAGAAAGAGCCAGCCAAGGAGACCUGGGGGAGGAGCCGCAGUGUCCCCUGUCACCACACGGAAUAGUGAAUGUGGAGUGUGGAGAGGAAGGAGGCAGAUUCAUUUCUAAGACGCACUCUGGAGCCAUGUAGCCUGGAGUUAACCCAUUUUCCACGGUCUUUUCUGCGAGUGGGCAGGCCCCCCCUUGGGGUCUGUGUCCUUGAGACUUGGAGCCCCUGCCUCUGAGCCUGGACGGGAAGUGUGGCCUGUUGUGUGUGUGCGUUCUGAGCGUGCUGGCCAGUGGCUGUGGAGGGGACCACCUGCCACCCACGGUCACCACUCCCUUGUGGCAGCUUUCUCUUCAAAUAGGAAGAACGCACAGAGGGCAGGAGCCUCCUGUUUGCAGACGUUGGUGGGCCCCGAGGCUCCCAGAGCAGCCUCUGUCACCGCUUCUGUGUAGCAAACAUUAACGAUGACAGGGGUAGAAAUUCUUCGGUGCCGUUCAGCUUACAAGGAUCAGCCAUGUGCCUCUGUACUAUGUCCACUUUGCAAUAUUUACCGACAGCCGUCUUUUGUUCUUUCUUUCCUGUUUUCCAUUUUUAAACUAAUAACAGCAGGCCUUUUGCGUUUACAAUGGAACACAAUCACCAAGAAAUUAGUCAGGGCGAAAAGAAAAAAAAAUAAUAUUAAUAAUAAGAAACCAACAAACAAGAACCUCUCUUUCUAGGGAUUUCUAAAUAUAUAAAAUGACUGUUCCUUAGAAUGUUUAACUUAAGAAUUAUUGCAGUUUGUCUGGGCCACACUGGGGCAGAGGGGGGAGGGAGGGAUACACAGAUGGAUGCCACUUACCUCAGAUCUUUUAAAGUGGAAAUCCAAAUUGCAUUUUCAUUUGGACUUUCAGGAUAAUUUUCUGUGUCGGUCAAUUUUUCGUUUUCCCUAACUCACCCAGUUUAGUUUGGGAUGAUUUGAUUUCUGUUGUUGUUCUUGAUCCCAUUUCUAACUCGGAAUUGUGAGCCUCUAUGUUUUCUGUUAGGUGAGUGUGUUGGGUUUUUCCCCCCACCAGGAAGUGGCAGCAUCCCUCCUUCUCCCCUAAAGGGACUCUGCGGAACCUUUCACACCUCUUACUCAGGGACGGGGCUGGUGUGUGUGUGGUACACUGAUGUGUCCAGAAGCAGCACUUUGACUGCUCUGGAGUAGGGUUGUACAAUUUCAAGGAAUGUUUGGAUUUCCUGCAUCUUGUGGAUUACUCCUUAGAUACCGCAUAGAUUGCAAUAUAAUGCUGCAUGUUCAAGAUGAACAGUAGCUCCUAGUAAUCAUAAAAUCCACUCUUUGCACAUAGUUUCAUCUUUACUGAAAUAUGUUGCCAAAAUUUAUUUUUGUUGUUGUAGCUCUGGAUUUUGUUUUGUUUUGUUUUUUAAGGAAACGAUUGACAAUACCCUUUAACAUCUGUGACUACUAAGGAAACCUGUUUCUUUCAUAGAGAGAAAAAUCUCCAAUGCUUUUGAAGACACUAAUGCCAUGCUAUUUCAGAUAUGGGUGAGGAAGCAGAGCUCUCGGGACCGAAGGCCAGGCUUCUUGAGCUGUAUUGGUUGUCAUGGCUACGGUUUCAUGAACCACAAGCAGCUCAACAGACUGGUCUGUUGCCUUCUGAAACCCUUUGCACUUCCAUUUGCACCAGGUGAAAACAGGGCCAGCAGACUCCGUGGCCCAAUUCGGUUUCUUCGGUGGUGAUAUGAAAGGAAAGAGAAUUACACUUUUUUUUUUUUUUAAAGUGGCGUGGAGGCCUUUGCUUCCACAUUUGUUUUUAACCCAGAAUUUCUGAAAUAGAGAAUUUAAGAACACAUCAAGUAAUAAAUAUACAGAGAAUAUACUUUUUUAUAAAGCACAUGCAUCUGCUAUUGUGUUGGGUUGGUUUCCUCUCUUUUCCACGGACCGUGUUGUGUUUCUGGCAUAGGGAAACUCCAAACAACUUGCACACCUCUACUCCGGGGCUGAGAUUUCUUUUACAUAGAUGACCUCGCUUCAAAUAUGUUACCUUACUGAUAGGAUCUUUUCUUGUAGCACUAUACCUUGUGGGAAUUUUUUUUUUAAUGUACACCUAAUUUGAGAAGCUGAAGAAAACAAAAUUUUGAAGCACUCACUUUGAGGAGUACAGGUAAUGUUUUAAAAAUUGCACAAAAGAAAAAUGAAUGUCGAAAUGAUUCAUUCAGUGUUUGAAAGAUAUGGAUCUGUUGAAACAAUGAGUUUCAUACUUUGUUUGUAAAAAAAAAUAAAUAAAGCAGAGAAGGGUUGAAAGUUACAUGUUUUUUUGUAUAUAGAAAUUUGUCAUGUCUAAAUGAUCAGAUUUGUAUGGUUAUGGCCUGGAAGAAUUACUACGUAAAAGGCUCUUAAACUAUACCUAUGCUUAUUGUUCUUUUUGUUACACAUAGCCCUCGUCUGAGGGAGGGGAACUCGGUAUUCUGUGAUUUGAGAAUACUGUUCAUUCCUAUGCUGAAAGUACUUCUCUGAGCUCCCUUCUUAGUCUAAACUCUUAAGCCAUUGCAACUUCUUUUUCUUCAGAGAUGAUGUUUGACAUUUUCAGCACUUCCUGUUCCUAUAAACCCAAAGAAUAUAAUCUUGAACACGAAGUGUUUGUAACAAGGGAUCCAGGCUACCAAUCAAACAGGACUCAUUAUGGGGACAAAAAAAAAAAAAAAUAUUUAACCUUUUUUCCCCCCACACCUCAUUUAAAUAGGGGGGGUAAAAACAUGAUUUCAGUGUAAAUGCCUCAUUUUACUUUAGUUUUAUUUUGAUUUUUAUUGAAUAUAAAGAGGCCAAAAUAAAUGCGGAUCUACUUCUCAGAAUAGUAUUCCUGUCCAAAAAUCAAGCCGGACAGUGGAAACUGGACAGCUGUGGGGAUAUUAAGCACCCCACUUACAAUUCUUAAAUUCAGAAUCUCGUCCCCUCCCUUCUCGUUGAAGGCAAUUGUUCUGGUAGCUAACUUUCUCCUGUGUAAUGGCGGGAGGGAACACCGGCUUCAGUUUUUCAUGUCCUCAUGACUUGCAUACAAAUGGUUCAACUGUAUUAAAAUUAAGUGCAUUUGGCCAACAGGUAGUAUCUAUACAAUAACAAUCUCUGAGAAUUUCCAUACCUUUUCUUAUCUGAAAGGACUCAAGUCUUCCACUGCAGAUACAUUGGAGGCUUCACCCACGUUUUCUUUCCCUUUAGUUUGUUUGCUGUCUGGAUGGCCAGUGAGCCUGUCUCCUUUUCUGUGGCCCAUCUGAAGGCCUUCAUUGGAAGCGUUGUUUACAGUAAUCCUUACCAAGAUAACAUACUGUCCUCCAGAAUACCAAGUAUUAGGUGACACUAGCUUAAGCUGUUGUCUUCAGAGCAGUUACCAAGCAGCUCAGUGCACAGGUUUUCUCUGGUUCUUACAGGAACCACCUACUCUUUCGGUAAUCUGGUCCAGGAGUGGGGUAAAUCCUUUAGUCAGUGCAUUGGAACUUGAUACUUGUGCAUUCGGUUCUGUGAAUACUGCCCUUUUUGGCGGGGUUUCUUCCUCUCCCCAGCCUGAACUGCUCAACUCUUAACCCAAAUUAGUGUCAGCCGAAAGGAGGUUUCAAGACAGUCCUGUCAGUACUUGUGGUGACCUUCAGAUUAGACAGUCUUCAUUUCCAGCCAGUGGAGUCCUGACUCCAGAGCCAUCUCUGAGACUCGUACCACUGGAUAUUUUAAUAUCAGAUCAUUACCCACCAAACUUCCAAUCGUAUGCCUCCCACAGGCCAAGGGAAACAGACACCAGAACUUGGGUUGAGGGCACUACCAGACUGACAUGGCCAGUACAGAGGAGAACUAGGGAAGGAAUGAUGUUUUGCACCUUAUUGAAAAGAAAAAUUUUAAGUGCAUACAUAAUAGUUAAGAGCUUUUAUUGUGACAGGAGAACUUUUUUCCAUAUGCGUGCAUACUCUCUGUAAUUCCAGUGUAAAAUAUUGUACUUGCACUAGCUUUUUUAAAACAAAUAUUAAAAAAUGGAAGAAUUCAUAUUCUAUUUUCUAAUCGUGGUGUGUCUAUUUGUAGGAUACACUCGAGUCUGUUUAUUGAAUUUUAUGGUCCCUUUCUUUGAUGGUGCUUGCAGGUUUUCUAGGUAGAAAUUAUUUCAUUAUUAUAAUAAAACAAUGUUUGAUUCAAAAUUUGAACAAAAUUGUUUUAAAUAAAUUGUCUGUAUACCAGUACAAGUUUAUUGUUUCAGUAUACUCGUACUAAUAAAAUAACAGUGCCAAUUGCA